CCAAUGGAUCGCCUCGCGAUGCGACCUGGACCCCCAGUCGUCCCCAGCGUAUCGGAGCACGACCUUGUCGCUAGAUACCAUAAUUAUUACCACGCUUGGCGCCCUUACCCAAGGGCGGUCAAUGCCUAGUAAAAUGAGAAGAACCAUCUUUUUUCAUUUUUAAAAUUUCUCUUCCCUUGACCGAUCGAAAUCAUUUUCCCCAUUUCUCUUUUUCCUUUCUUCUCUUUUCCAUGUCGUCCUUUCGGCCAGUUAAUUUCCCUUCUCUAUGUGGGAGAGGUGCGAUGAGGCUCGGCCUCCGGCUGGGCGGGAUCCCGACGUUGUCGGUCUUGGGACCUUAAUCGCCUGUGGCGGUUCUGCGUGUAUCGCGGUCAUCUGUUUGGUGAUCCAGUACCUAUUCUUUUAUCUCCCUCAGGGCGAGGAUGAGCAACAGCAAUCCCAUGUUGCGAAUCCUAUCGAUGUCCUGUUAGUGAGUGGGCUCCGGAAGCCUCUCAAGUAUUUGGGAAUUAAGUCGAGUCGGUCUACCGCAUCCCAGAAUGAAGGAGGAAGGUGGCCUGCGGCUUUCGAUCAAUAUGUCAAGACAUUAGGCGACGUCCAGCUUGCGGUAGGAAUCGCAAUGCUGAUAUACGGUUACGUAUCAUUGACGGAACAAGGCUUAUCGAUGUAUCACUGGUGGCUCAUUGUUGGAUUAGUCUGGUUCACAGUCAUAACGAAUCUAGCAACCAAUUCAUACCUACGCACCUAUUUCAUUAAAAGGGAUCCAGGCGAGCGAUGGUGGCGAAUCAUUCUUCUUAUCUGUCUUGUUAUAACGCUUAGCUUUUCAAUGAUUCCGAUUUAUCAGAUCAGAGAGAAGCUUGCUAACGAACAUGACGAAGAUAUGCAACGAAGGAUACUCAAAACGGCGAAUGUGUUGUGUUAUUUACCUGGACAUGAUUCAAAGAUCGACACGCCCCAAUUUCGAUCUACUGUCGCCCUGAUAGGUAUUGCUGUCAUUGUUGGCUUGGUUAUCAUUGGUCUCUUGCGCCUUUACGAAAGACCUUCCAGUAUUAUUUUCAAGUGGCGUGACCAAUUUCGGGGCGAAUUACAGCAGUCAUUCUUCGGAGAUGGGGACAACAUUAUAACGUGCAUUCGCUGCGAACAGAGACACUUACUGCUUGUCGUCCGACCUGUUCUAGCAUUCUGGCUCGUAUUACGUGUUUACGCCGAUUUAUUGAAUUCCGUACUUACCGAGAUUGUCUGUGCAGCAGCAACAUUCGCUUGGGUCACUAUUCGUUUCAUCGACAUUUUGCGUUUGGGUGGGGGGUUCGAAUUCGAUGGUCGACAUUGGAAUUUUGGUCAGGUGCUUGCACUUGUUUUCUUCGCAGCGCCUCUCGGAUCGUUGGCAGGUUGUUUGCUUAGUACUCUUGGAAGACUUGGUUCAAAUGGCAGUCGAAUUUUCAAGCGCCCCGAGGCUCCGAAGUUCACAUGGGUACGAAGCAUCCUCGAAAAAGCACGGCCCAGGCACUUGCCUAAAACCGAUGUCGAGGAUCCUAGCACUCAACCCUUGUUAACACCCACCGAAGGAGAUACUGGGCCAAUCGUGGAUGUCAGCUCAGGUGCUGUAGAGACUAACCAGGAAGUGCAUGUGGAAAGAAAUAGUUUGGAAAAUGAAAGCGAUCAAACGACUAAAACGGAUAACGUCAACACCUACAGGAUACUUCUUUCACCCCGGUUCGUCAUCGCGUUACCGCUCGCUGGUUUCUCGAAUCUACUUCACCUUGUUCUUCUGCUGGUCUUGCCGAAGGUACCUGGAUAUCCAUCGACCCCUGAUGUUCUUUGGCGAACCAUAUUCUGGUAUGUCGUCUACCAGCCGUUACUUCUCUUUGCAUUCUUCCUUGCUGGGAUGAUUGUGGAAGAAAGAGUUACGCGAGAAGGAAGAAUGCUAUUUGCCUACCGAGUAAUUGCUACCAUUAUAGGCCUAUUAUCGACGGCUGCCAUCUUCGAUACGCUGUAUGGUAUUGGCGGAAUUCCCAUGUCGUAUAUAGGUAUGGGUACACUCGGUUUGAUUCUGCUCGUCUAUCUCCUUUAUGGUUGCGUGGCUCGGCCUGGUCCCCUAGCGAAGGGCAAAAGUCGGAGUAAGUAUACAAGAGGCGGAGAUGUCGAAGAAGGUCAACCACUCCUCCAAGAAUCCAGAAGGAGGAUUCUACCAGAAGUUCGAGCAUUCCCUGUUCGAAAACAGAAGCGGUGGCAUGGUCCUUCGCGAAGACCUCAGGUGACAAGGGGUAGGAGGAGCUACGGCACGAUUGAUUGAAAUUUGGAUACCACAUUGAUUUAACAUGCAUAUAACGGUGAUGAAAAGGCGAUUGUAUAAAGUCUUGGGUAUAUGCCCUAUGAGGCUUGGAUUGGGACGAUGAGUUUCAUAUGUAGAACGAAGAAUGAAUCAUGAUGAGAUGUUUACAUAUUAAAUAUCUUCCCCUUGUGGCUUUCCCAUUUCCCCGUCACUGUGUUAUUGCUUGGGUUUGUUAUUUGGCUAAUCCGACUCUACUUAGGAUAGGUCGCGUAACGUCUACCCCUAAUCUUAUAUAUGAUGACCCGCAAAUCCUGCGAAGGAAGUCGAGGAAUAUAUGAAAGUUUCAACCACGGGGUGUUUACUACCUAUCAUGUUAGGUACUCGGUCACCUAGCUGAAUGCUAAACCCACUCAUCUUAAGAGUGUAUGUGCACAGAUCGCUACAUUCGCACUAGAACCAUCCAACAGACCUACCUUUUUUUUUUCUUUAGAAGGCAGGCACGCUGGUUUACACUGUUUGUAUGCUGUGUUGAUAGCUAGCACUGUGCUUCACUAGUUUGAUGUGAAUUUUUCCUACUCGACUACGCGAACAUAUUCUACAGAUUAUUUUUUCCUUAAAAGAAACUUAGGAAUUUGACUUCUACUAGCUCUUCUAUUUUCCUCGUCAUCAUAGUGCUAAAUACCAUCAGGCC